AGCGCUGAGCGCUAGGGAGUGCGUUCGGUGCCUUUGCUCCAUUAAUCUGUGUAUUGAUCUUUUAAUAUAAAUGAGGACGCUAAAUGUCGUGGUUGGAUGCGGACGACGAUGAUGAAGAGGACGACGACUACCAGCUCCCGGAGGGGGUUUCAGAGGGUUGGCGACGUGGACCGAUGGUUCCGCCCCGACGUGUGUUUAAAGUUGGCGAUCUGGCGCCGGCCCUCUCCCCCGUGCAGACUGGCCUGGGCUCACACUUGAGUCCUGAAGCUGGACUUCAGUCUCCAACUAGACCCAAAGCCAAGCCAUUCCGGGACAGCGACAAGACUACCCAAGAACGAGACGAUAUGUACGAGGUGGAAGAGUUGCGAGACUUCCUCUUUCCAAGAAUACACCAAUUCCAUACUAUCUCCAACUUAUUUUUUGACCUGUCAAUCAAUCAAAUUCAAGAUUCUCAACUGCAACCUGAUCUAGCCACAAAUGAAGAAAAUGAAGUAUCCAAUCUCUUCAUGUUUUGCGAUGAGGGAUGUGAAGAUGGCCUUCUUCAUGAUGCAAGGGAAAAGAUGUCACAUCCAGAUAGAGGUUUUGCAACAAUCCACACACGUCCAAAAGAAAAGCAAGAAUGCACGAGGCGAAGCCUUAAGCACAAACCUCUUCAUACUAAGUUAUUUGAAGAACUGUCAAAAGGUCAAUUUCCUUUUGACUGGAGCAAGAGAAAUGGUGGGGCACUUGGAAGUAAAGGAACAAUGACAACCCAAAGAAGGAGAGAGAGGGAGCUUCAACACAGUACAGAAGAUGAGGUGCUGUCAUUUGAUCUGACAGUGGCAGCCACUGACUCAAAUACUGUUCUUUCCUCUGAGUUAAAAAGAAAUGACAAAAGCGUUAAAAUACCAACAGUGACUCAAGCAAAUGGAAUUCAGGGGUGUAAGACUAAAAAUGUUCAGCAGUCACACAAGGAAUUUACAGAUGGUGCACCUGAAACUCAUGCUUUCAGUUUGAAGACACAUAAUGGCCUCUGUUCUUCACUAUCAAUUCCGUCUAGUCAAAAAUUACACAGCUACCACAACCCUCUUCAGGGUGCAUCAGCUUCGUUCAUUCAUCGGCUGACAGAAAUAGCUGGUUUGGAAUGCGAUACCAUUCGGCAAGAAAAAAUACGCAAACUGAAGAAGAGAUCAGAUUGCUGAAGAUAUUUUAGUUGUUUCACUAUAUAUUUCAAUGCUAAAGCAAAACCGUACUGAAUCAGAUAUGACUAAUGAGACUGACAUAAC